AUGGUCUACACAAUCACCGUCCACCUCCGCGCCAACUCGGACCCGGCCUCGGUCGACAAGCUCAAGGCCAAGCUGGCCGAGGCCUCGCGCGUCUACCGCAAGGACAAGGAGACGCUCGACUGGUUCGUCAUGCAGAGCGUCCACGACCCCCGCGACUUUACCAUUGUCGAGCGCUACGAGAACGAAGGUUCUCAAAAGUAUCACCUCGAGAACCCGUAUUGGAAGACCUUUGACCCUUAUGUCAUACCCUUGCUGGAGAAGCCCAUGGACCUCAGACGCUUUGAGGAGCUAGACACCAGCAAAGACGUCGUGGUGCCGCAGUAA